AUGGCUUUGCUUACCGGUCACGCGACUCUAACAUACUCUCCAGACCGUCGAAUUGAAGAGGGAAGGAAAUUAUUGCUAAUGGAGAUGGAGACGCUCGCGUACCUGGCGCGUUCGGAUAGUUCCGACUCAGAUGUCGCCUCGAGCAGCGGACGUCCUACGCCUUUAGAUCCCGAAUACUGGCGAGGUAUUACCCAUUCGCUAGAGGCGACAACUAAUUCAAAUGAUGCAUAUAGACGCGCAAAUCGGAUUGACUCACCGCACUCUUCUUACCAAUACAAUCAACAACAAUACCGCCCAUCUAUGAGCUCCCCCGUUUCCCAUCAGCAACAUCCCGUGACAUCCAGUAGCUUCUAUAUGCGCGGACACGGAGCCUACAGUGACGGUGAAUUUCUCAUGUCGCCGAUCCACCGCCAGGAUGGAGCACCGAUGAUCUCAGUUAGCCCAGUUGCGCAGAUGAAUCCAAUACACGAAAGGUGCUGCUUGUCGCCCUCUGUAGGAACACUGAUGCACUGCCCGGAAGAGAGAAAUAACUUUCACUUCCAAAGCAAUUAUGAGAUCCCUGCUUUUCCCGUUCUGACACCACAAGAGCUGAAGGACCAAAUUCGUGAGGCCAUGGUCCGAGCACAGGCAUACCUUGACUUAGUGCCAUAUUUCCAGUCGUGCGACUUAUAUUCUGCAGGUGGUAUAUCUAUCAGAACAAUCCAGGAAGCACUGGGGAGAGUGGGGGUCAUUCUUAGGGAUGACUUACUACAAAGUGUCAGCCAACUUUUCAGAAUUCCGGGGUCCGAAUUGGUGGACUACGUCGCUUUUGGCCAAUUUCUUUAUCUCGACGCAUCUGAGCUAGACAACAUACGGUCGAUUGUAGCUGCUCGACGAAGUGUCCUGGAGAAUAACAGCAUCGAGCUUGGCGACGUGUUUUCUCAGUAUGACUCUUACCGCACUGGUUUUGUUUCUCGAUCGACAUUUGUGACGCUAUUACAGGAUUACAGCAUCCUCAUACCACAAACAACGCUCCAUUUUAUGAUGAUUACGCUUGCAAAAUCGUCAGACCCGACAUCUAUAUCCUACGUGCGUUUUUUUGAAAUGGCUAACGUUCAUGUUGCAAGCAAAGCUGCUGUGCAUUUGCCUCACCCCCGCCCAACGAACAUGUCGCCGCAUCAUUUUAGCGGCUGUACUGCUGGACAAUCCAACUUUCUUACGCAUGGUAGGCCUGCUCGAGGCUAUGAGAUGCAUCCUGCUUUACCUUUAGCGACCCAAACCUUUAGAGUCGUGGAUCACGCCUCUUCCAGCCCAGAAUUUGCAACUCCUUUACCAAGGCUCGGUUGGGUCUGUCGAGUGUGUACGCAUCAGCAGAUUGCGGACUGGGCUACACACUGUGAAAUUUGUGAAACUUCCAAACCGCGACCCGGGCUACGUGGUGAAGGAUUUGUUAAGUGCUUCCAUUGCAAAUUUGAUAACAACUACGAUUUGGAUGAAUGUGAAAUGUGCGGGCGGACGCUCAAUGCUAGCAAUAAGAAGCAUUUGAAGUCACAAAAGAGCCGUAGAUCGAAAAAGCGCUACCUAGCGAGUUCUUCUUCAAGUUCUUCCUCUGAAUCAUCCUCAUCGUCUUUUUCUCCUUCGGCAAGUCGUCGGACUAGGAAGUGCAAGUCGGAGCGGCACCUUCGCUCAUAUCGAGUGAGUCGAAAGAAGAGCGAACAGAAACCUCGAUUUAAGCGCGGAGAGGAAAUUCAAGCUAUACUUGAUAACGAACGAGGUUACGCGUUAGGUGUGAUCUCUCGGGUCCGGCCAAAUAGAUUGUAUGAUAUUGAAUUCGACAAUGGCUCGCACGAAGCUAACGUUGACGAAGAUUGCAUAUUUGAGGUAUCGCGAGCCCGCAUUAUCAAGACAUGGGAACUUUCUGAUAGUGAGGAAAGCAAGAGGAAUACGGUAUUGGACGAAGAAUGCAGCUUUGAUUACGAGCCUGGCGACAGCGUUGUGGCUCAGAUUCAAGGGCAAGGUAGAUUUAUUGCUGGCACGAUCAAAAAGUGCCACAUUGACGGGUCGUAUGACAUUACAUACGAUCGAGGCGAAGUCGAACACCGAGUUUCGUCAAAGUAUAUACGGCAACAAAGGUGUGGUUUAGCCUCUGCGGCGAAAAAUAUUACUCAUGAGAACAGCAAACCUAAAACUUACGAGCCAGUGUUAAAAGUCGAUCAGCCAGUUGAGGUUCAGUACAAGGGCACUAGCACAAUUCAUACCGGUGUGAUCUCCCACUGCCAGCUGAAUGGGACAUACGACAUUGACUACGAUGAUGGAGAAAAGGAGAUGGGUGUACCGGCCCAGCUGGUACGGCCAGUUGCCAGGAAGGUUGGUGUUGACGCCGAUGACGAUGUUAAACAAAACGAAUUCAAGAAGGGCGACAAAGUGGAGGCUCAGUACAAGGGCAAGAGCAGAUUUUAUCCGGACGAUGGCGCGCAGUUAUACACCCUCGUCAACGGUAUGACUGGGCAGAAAGAUGGCGACAUCCGCCUCGAGGCUAUGCCUGCAGUAGAUGUUCUUCUUGAGCUGGACGAGAUGUCCCGUGAAGAGUUUGGCAGUGCCUUGAAGGCAGGCGAUUUGGCCGAAGUGGUCAUUGUACGAAUUGACGAGGAGAUAAACUCGUUAUCGUCUCUGGAUUAA